AAUUUGAUUGAGUUUAAAGUUAAUUUGUAAUCGGAAAAAUAGAGAUCUGACUGAAUUAGGUGUAGUUGGAGCUCAACAUGGAUCUCCGAGGAUAUACAGGGAUUAUCUUGGUUUUAUUGCUGAUGUCGCUGAUAAGAAACGAGGAUAGGAUUGAAUUGGGGCUGUAUGCCAACAAGGUGGUGUCAUACGGUGUGCCGACUCCAUUGGUGGUCACCAUGUCCGGCUAUCCCAAGUGUGAGCUGAGACUGCGAGUUAGCUCGCCGAGAUAUCUGGUGGCGCAGUGGAUCGUUGGCCCAAACAUUGAGCCCCCCAUGAAACCGGUAUUCCAAAAGACGGACAAUAUUGCGAGGGAGUUGAGGCGACUCAACAUCGUGCCCAGCGUGAACCUGAGCUAUGAGCGGGGUUACUUUGCGGAGCUGAAUGCAACCUUCUGGCAGGCGAGCAACAUCCGACUGAAUUUAAGCGGCUUGUGCAGUUUAGGGUCUCAAUCUGAACUGAAUCCAGUCUCCAGAACUAUUGUUUUGACUAUAGAUAUAUCGCGAGAUGUCUGUAUUCCCCGUGCGGAAGACCAAGCCUGCUUCCAUCCGAAAACCCCGUUGGAGUUCAGUGUGAUGUACGGCUUCAGAAUCGAGAUAAAUUUGUUAAACAAUUGCGGUAUGGAUAUAAAUAAUUUCACCUGGACCGUGAUGGACUUGGCAGAGAGCACAAAAUUGAAAACGUUGCAUCACCAAACCCUUGGUCUCACCUUGGGUCCAUACGCUCUGCGCUUUCCCAACGAGUCGGGGCCGUAUCGCAAUCAAUAUGUAAUGCAGAUUAGCGGCGAUUUCGGCGAAAGAAAAUUUGCAGCGCGUUGCUAUAUGAAGGCCCUGGCGGAAGCGGUGCACGCGAUCAUUAGGGGAGGCAUUGUGAGGAAUGUUCAUAGAGAAGAAGAAAUCUACAUGGAUGGCUCGUCGAGUCGGGACUACGCCAAAAGACCAGACGAAAAGCAAUUUAAUGUAUAUAAAUGGACCUGCAGCUCGAGGGAUGUCCACAAUACAAUGUGCAACGGUCGAAUUUGGACACAAGCGACGUUUCGGAUACCCGGCAAAUCGUUUGCCGUUGGCAAUAAAUAUGAGUUUCGCCUGUCAGUGGCUUCCGAUAUUCAUCCUCGACAAAAAUCGAAUGCACGCCAGCUUUUAUUAAUUGUGGAACUCAAAACGUUGCAACUGGAGGUUACGUGCGUAAAGAAUUGCGAGUCGAAUGCAUAUGAUCCGGAGGAGACUGUUCACAUGGCGGUCGAGUGCCGCAACUGUGGCAGCUAUAAGCCCGUAUUUGCUUGGUACUUAGACGGAUAUGCGGCGUCCCAGACAAAGGAUUUGCGCAUGCGUUUGCAAACGGACAACGAAGUAAGCAAAGUCGUUUUGCGUGCUAUCACAUCUGAUUUUCGGAUCGGCACCAGGGUGAAUAUAUUGACGGCGCGCCGUCGACCGAAUUUUAGGUGUAACAUAAGACCGACAACUGGCACUGAGGUCAUUACGGAAUUUGUUCCAUGUUGCAGGAUUUUUAUGUCAAAAGUCAAGCGGUUUUUUUUUUAUGCGGAUAAAGUAUUGAUUAAUCAGUGCUUUUACUGCUAUUGCAGAGUGUAUUUGCCAAAUAAUGUGCAAAAUCUGAUGGCGUUGAUCUGUGACAGAUAUAAAUGCAAGAGAAUACAAAUGCCAUUGGUGACUGUGCAUUCGCUGGGUGAUAUACCGACGAAGUCACCCAACGAUUUGUGGACAUAUAUGACAAAAACAAAGGCCAGAUAUUUCAACGUUAAUAAUAAAUUGCGAUUCAUGGCGGCAGCACAAGCGGUUGCCAAUGUAAUACGCGAACCGAAUAUCGCGUUAACCUUAAUGAAAGCUUUCGAACAAUUUCAACCAAGAUCGCUGAUAACGCUGAGCUUGUUAUCUCAAUUCACAAAAACCCUGGCUGUCGCUCUGUCGCCAAUUGGUGAUAGGGAUUUGUCGGUUUUGAUAAAGUGCAUGACCAAACUGAAUGAGAACUUUCAGGUCUGUAGGGAUACGAAUGAUGCGCAGCUGCUUAUCAACGCACCCUACUUGAAUACGGCGCUCGGCCUUGUUAAGAUCAGUAAUAUUAUGAAUGCUAUCAACAAGGGUAUACCAACUCCGGCCAAAUUCAUAUUCGAUCAGUAUAACCAGGCUGUGAAGGAUAAGAAACUGCAACAGGCAGUCAUAGAUGAACUGCUCGAGGAGGUCUCUAAAAUUGACAAUAAGUUGGUGAAGGGGCGUUCGGAGAGAUGGGUUAGAUCCCUGUGGCAAACGGAGCGACUGUCUCGUUUCUUAUCCAUGGCUCGCCAACACGGCGUGAACUCGAAUGACACCGAAGGCGUUGUUAUAGACAGUGUGACCCUCUCGCUGCAUUGCAUGCUAUUCAAGCCCGGCCUUCAGUAUGCCAUCGAUACGAAUGACGCGAGACAUACAGUGUACCUGUCGUCGGAGCUGCUUGAUGAACUUAAGGAUCCCCAAACAAAUAAAGUAUGCGUCAAAAUCAUCUCAAGUAUACGCAAUCUGAACUGGUGGUAUCCCGAGGAGAGACAGCCAACCAACGAGCUGCUCACUGUGCAUGCUUACAAACACGGAUAUGAGUUUCACGAGGAGCUCCGGUUGCAUAAUAGCUAUAUUUCCUUUCGAUCGCUGACUGGCCAGCUCAAGCCCGCCACUGAUAUUCCCAAAAAACAAGAGAUUGAUGGAGUAUCUCAGCCGCUUGACCUCAAUACUAGCAGAAGCUAUGGCCAGCGAAUCGAGUGGAAGAGCAUAGCAGGACUUCCAGAGGAAUCGGAUAAUGACGAUAAUCUCGCAGAAACAGGGAAAUAUGUGAAUUGCUUGCAAUAUAGCCAAUUGCAUACGAAAAUGCAACUGCUUGCGUAUCGCUUACAGUUGGACCAGAGGUCGAUGGUUGCCGUGCGCUUCAAGAACACCACACACAGGCUACAUGUGCUCCUGGUGAUGAAAGUGCUCCCCAAAAAUCUAGUGUCUGCCGUUGCCAAUUCCGAGUGUAGCGUGCCGGCCCACUCGACCAAUACGACGAUAGUACUGCGCAACAAAUGCUCUAGGGCGAAACGGGUGUAUCUGGUCAUACGGCUGUUUGGCGACGAUGAAUCGGAUGGCCCGAUACCCGGCGGUCCGGCCAACUUCUCGUUUGUUUUUCAGGUGCGCAGCUGCGACUAUUGGAAGAAAGAUGAACGGCAGUGGAAGCACAUUAACUGCCUGCCAGGACUGCAGUAUCCGAGGCAGGGCUACAUAUACUGCAACUGCAGCGUGAUGGGUACGUUUACCAGCUAUGUGUACUAUGUGCCUGCCAUUGCUGUGCCCAUCAAUAUCACCAAGGAUAUUCAAUUCAACUGGGUCCUUCUGAGCAUUUACAUUUUCGCGUUGCUAGGCACGUUAAUUGUGCUGGCGCUGCUGUUUCGGUAUCAUAAUCAUCAGCCUGGCAAAACUAUCGCCUGCGACAUGACCGCCCUGGAGGAAGCCUCAGAUCGGGAUGUGCAUGACCUGUUGAUCUAUGUGAGAACGGGCUGUCGGGACAAUGCUCUGACUACGGCCACGGUGCGUCUGAUCUUUGAGACAACCAAGCGGGCUGAGUUGCAGUUUACGCUAAUGCAAAAUCCGGAAAGUCCCGAAUUGACGCGCAACUCCACGUAUAUAUUGUGGCUGCGCAGCAGGGAUAUACGGAUACCCACCCGCAUCGCAGUUGUCCACAAUAAUGAGGGACGGUAUCCCAGUUGGUAUUUGCACUACAUCGAGGUGAUCGAUAUACAGACACAGCAGGUGCAGGUGUUCAAGGUUAAUCGUUGGGUGCGCCACAAGUUCCUAAUCCUCAGCUCAUCGAUGGUUGUGCGGCCGGGCGAGCAGGCAGUGGAAGGUAGUUGGCGUGAUCGAUUCGUUGCUGAGUUCGAGCGGCAGUGGAUCAACUGGGGCCUCUGGCAGCCGCUGACCGGCAAGUGGCGGGGCGCCGGCAUCUUUGAUACUAUGACGCGUGCUCAGCGGGUUUGCAUAUUCCUCAAUAAGUUGCUCAUAACGUAUACCGUGUGCGCAUGCGUUUCGGCACCUGCCAAACAGGAGUCGGCGUACCAGGACACCAUUUACUUCGAUUAUCAAUCGUUUUUUGUGAUGGCUAUUAUUAGCCUGAUAUUGACCAACUUAGCUCAGUAUAUCCUUGAGAAACUGGUUUCGCUCAGUCAUUAAAAAUUUGUAAUUUAAUA